GGGGCGGAGCGGCCGGGCCCCGCCUCCCUCGCCGCGCCGGGGCCGCCGGGGCACGGGGCUGCCUCCUCCGCCGAGAGCGCUGUCGCCGCCGCUUUCUCCCGGGAGCCGGGGGCCGGGCGCCAUCAUGCUGAGCCGGCUCGGGGCGCUGCUGCAGGAAGCUGUGGGGGCGCGCGAGCCCAGCAUUGACCUGCUGCAGGCCUUCGUGGAGCACUGGAAGGGCAUCACGCACUACUACAUCGAGAGCACAGAUGAAAACACCCCCGCCAAGAAGACAGACAUUCCCUGGCGGCUGAAGCAGAUGCUGGACAUCCUGGUGUAUGAAGAGCAGCAGCAGGCGGCCGCGGGUGAGGCAGGGCCCUGUCUGGAGUACCUGCUGCAGCACAAGAUCCUGGAGACUCUCUGCGCGCUGGGCAAGGCCGAGUACCCCCCAGGCAUGCGGCAGCAGGUGUUCCAGUUCUUCAGCAAGGUUCUGGCACAGGUGCAGCACCCCCUGCUGCAUUACCUCAGCGUCCACAGACCUGUGCAGAAACUCCUCCGACUUGGUGGGACUGCUCCCGGAUCCAUUACAGAAAAGGAGGAGGUGCAAUUCACCACCGUCCUCUGCUCCAAGAUCCAGCAGGACCCAGAGCUGCUCGCCUACAUCCUGGAAGGUAAAAAGAUUGUAGGUAGGAAGAAGGCAUGCGGAGAACCCACUGCCCUGCCUAAGGACACAGCCAGCCACAGGGACAAGGACUGCUUCCACGAUGGUGCUCCUGCCAGGCCCCAGCUGGACGAGGAGUCCUGUGGGGCCCAGGCCUUGAACAGCCACAUGCCUGCUGAGACCGAGGAGCUGGACGGUGGGACCACAGAGAGCAACCUGAUCACCUCCCUGCUUGGGCUGUGCCAGAGCAAGAAGAGUCGGGUGGCCUUGAAGGCCCAGGAGAACCUGCUGCUCCUGCUGAGCAUGGCCUCCCCAGCAGCCGCCACCUACCUGGUACAGAGCAGUGCCUGCUGCCCUGCGAUCGUCCGGCACCUCUGCCAGCUGUACCGGUCCAUGCCUGUCUUCCUGGACCCCGCAGACAUUGCCGCCUUAGAAGGCAUCAGCUGGAGGUUACCCAGUGCCCCGUCUGACGAGGCUUCCUUCCCUGGCAAGGAGGCCUUGGCUGCCUUCUUGGGCUGGUUUGAUUACUGCGACCACCUUAUCACAGAGGCACACACGGUGGUUGCGGACACCUUGGCGAAGGCUGUGGCUGAGAAGUUCUUCGUGGAGACCCUGCAGCCCCAGCUUCUGCACGUGUCUGAGCAGAGCAUCCUGACCUCCACCGCCCUCCUCACAGCCAUGCUGAUCCAGCUCCGCUCCCCUGCGCUGCUGCGGGAGGCCGUGGCUUUCCUCCUGGGCACAGACCGGCACCCUGAAGCCCCCGGGGACAACCCCUGCGCCCUGUAUGCUCAUCUCAUCAGGCACUGUGACCACCUCUCCGAUGAGAUCAGCAUCGCCACACUCCGGCUGUUUGAGGAGCUGCUGCAGAAGCCCCACGAGGGGAUCAUCCGUAGCCUGGUGCUGCGCAACCUUGAGGGCCGCCCUUAUGUGGCCUGGGGCUCACCAGAACCUGAGAGCUAUGAGGACACCCUAGAUCUGGAGGAAGACCCCUACUUUACCGACAGCUUCCUGGAUUCCGGCUUUCAACCUCGCACAAAGCCUCGCCUAGCUCCUGCCACCAGUUACGAUGGCAAAACAGCAGUGACCGAGAUCGUCAAUAGUUUCCUGUGCCUGGUCCCCGAGGAAGCCAAGACCUCUGCCUUCCUGGAGGAGACGGGCUAUGACACAUAUGUCCACGAUGCUUAUGGCCUGUUCCAGGAGUGCAGCUCCCGCGUCGCCUCCUGGGGCUGGCCUCUGACCCCCACACCUUUGGACCCCCAUGAGCCCGAGCGACCUUUCUUCGAGGGCCACUUCCUUCGAGUGCUGUUUGACCGCAUGUCCCGGAUUCUGGAUCAGCCAUACAGCCUGAACCUGCAGGUGACCUCGGUCCUGUCCCGGCUUGCCCUCUUCCCCCACCCCCAUAUUCAUGAGUACCUGCUGGAUCCGUACAUCAGCCUGGCCCCUGGCUGCAGGAGCCUAUUCUCUGUGUUGGUGAGGGUGAUCGGGGACUUGAUGCAGAGAAUCCAGAGGGUACCCCAGUUCCCAGGCAAGCUGCUCCUGGUGCGCAAGCAGUUGACGGGCCAGGCUCCUGGGGAGCAGCUGGACCACCAGACCCUCCUCCAGGGCGUGGUGGUGCUGGAGGAGUUCUGCAAGGAGCUGGCUGCCAUUGCCUUCGUCAAGUUUCCCCCACAUGAUCCUCGCCAGAACGUCUCCCCAGCCCCGGAAGGGCAGGUCUGAGCCAGGACCAGGGCGGUGGGAGACUCCUGUCCACACCUCUGUCCCAGAGCUGCCUCCUGCCUGGCACUGCCACCACACUCCCCUCCUGGGAUGGGGCUUCUGCUCCCAGGCUCACUCAAGGAGACUGCGGCAUGUUGACCACACCAGACUGGGUUUCAGGGAAUGGGCAUGCCAGGUGCCAAGGAGCCAAACAGAUGGCUUUCCAGGCAGCAAGGUCCUUGGGGCCUUCUUGGAGGAGCUUGGGUGACAGCCAGGUGAGCACCCAGACCCCAGACCCUCAUGUGCUGUGUGCCUGGCCCCUUCUGUACUGGCCAUUUGUGGCCAGGGCCAAGCCUGUGACUCAACUCCAGGGGCAAGAUGGGGAGUGAGCCUCCACCUCUCUAUCUGUUCACUGGGACAACAGAGACUGGUCGGGAGCCCAGACCAGUGAGAUGGGGCCUGGAGCCUUGUCUGUGUCACAUUAGGUACCAUGGGAGCUGCUGAGACCUGACAUUUUGUCCCCUGCCUACAUGGCUUGGCCCAUGGAGAAGGAGCAGUGAAUGGGAUCGUCGGGGAAGCCCCUCUUCCUGCUCUGCUCCCCUGGAAACUGUUGCAAAACUCCCAGCCGCCUCAUGGCAAAUGCCCAAAGCAUGUUCCGCACCCAGGCGGGGGCCGCUGCUAAUGAGAACCUUGGUGCAGCUGCAGCCAGGAGGGGAGUGGGCCCGGGAGCCAGGCUCAGGUCCAGCUGGUUCCUCUCUGGCGCCUUCUGAACCCGUCUCAGCAGGUCCACAGCACCUGGGCAGAGAGGUCAGAGACCAGGGGAGGCCGGGCCUUGCCCUCCCUUCUGCCCAGGGCCCAGUGUUCUUGAUAGGAGACCCUUCUGGGGAGCCAGGGAGCUCAGGGGACAGAUAAGGGCAGGACGCCCCCUGACUCCAGGCCCCUGAGCCUGGCGGGGAGUGGCUGCGGCCCAGGCAGCCAGUCCUGGUGGUGUUCUCCCUGCAUGCCCUCCGUGGCUGGGCUGCCACCCCACCCGGCCCGAAUCUGUCUUGACCUGCAGGAAUACACGGGCGGCGCCAGGCAUUACCUCACAGCGGGACUACACAGUUGCUGGCUUUGCUCCUGGGCAAGGAGGAGCAGGCCAGAGCCUCUUUUGCUUCCUUUUCUUGCCCAUGCCGCUUCUAGAAGCCAGGCACAGGUUGCCAAGAGGUGACACGAAACGAGGAAACUCAGUGACCUCUGCCUCUCCCACAUUCCUCCCCACGGGGGAGGACCUCGCCACUCUGAAGAGCACUGUGCGCAUGUGGGUGCACAAAUGUGGGUGUUGGUGUGGACGGGGCGCAGAUCUCCGUGGAUGAACUGCGUCUGGACUCUUUGAUUCAUAAAAUAUUCGAGGGUUUGGGAGUCACAGACCCUCCCCUCUCCUCAAUGCACUUUGGCGUCUUUUUGGUGUCUUCCCCGGACAGCACAGCAAUAAAUGGUGUGAUUGCGUGGA